AACCAUGGCAGGCGAGGGUUUGGCCCAGGAGAAAGUCUGGUUUGACAAAUACAAGUACGACAACGCUGAGAGGCAGUUCUACGAGAAUCUGAACAGAUCCGUCUCCGUCAGCAAGUGUCCUGCGGGAGCUCAGGAGAAUGGAGCGAGUAACAUCCUUCGAGACAUUGCCAGAGCCAGGGAGAAUAUCCAGAAAUCGCUGGCCGGAAUCUCAUCCAUUUGGGAACCUGACGGCAAUUCCAAAGGGAGAAACCGGGAUAAUCCCAUCUCCAACCACAGUGCUGUGCAGGGCGCUGAUAAUGGGGAGCUGUGUAACCGGGUCAGCAUCCUAGAGAAGGAGAAUGAGGAUUUACACAAAGUGGUGGAAGAUCUGCGGUCAGCGCUGGGCAAGCUGGAGUCUCGGCUGUGUGCUGUGGAGAGGUCAGCGGCCGGCACACAGGCCCCCCUCGCCAGGCCGGCUGCCCCCGCACAGCACCGACCCAGUGCGGAGGCCCCAGCAGAAGAGGAGGAUGAUGAUAUCGAUCUCUUUGGCAGUGAUGAAGAUGAGGAAGCCUCUCGUAUCCGUGAGGAGAGGAUACGCCAGUACUCGCAGAGGAAAUCCAAGAAACCCGCCCUCAUCGCUAAGUCCUCCAUCCUCCUGGAUGUGAAGCCCUGGUCUGACGAGACUGACAUGGCGAAGCUGGAGGCGUGUGUGCGCUCGGUGCAGGUGGACGGCCUGUUGUGGGGAUGCUCCAAACUGCUGCCGGUCGGCUACGGGAUCCGAAAGCUGCAGAUCCAGUGUGUGGUGGAGGACGACAAAGUGGGCACCGAUCUGCUGGAGGAGGAGAUCACCAAGUUUGAGGAGUUUGUGCAGAGCGUGGACGUGGCGGCUUUUAACAAGAUCUGACGGCCGGUGGCUUCGGGAGGAGUUUAUAAAUAAAGAACUAGUUUUGUG